AUGAAGAUUCUUACCAAAGAAGAGGAAGAUGCUCACUACAGCGCUGUCCUAAGAGGUGGCACCGUCGGCGGCGUCAUCGGUCUAGUCGGCGGUCUCGCCGGUGUCCUCGCCGCCUCCAAACGCUACCACACCAUCCGCAACCUCACGCUCCCCAUGAAAUCCUUCCUGGUGACCUCCUCCGGCACCUUCUUCGGUAUCAUCGCCGCCGACCACGCCUCGCGCAGCUACGAGGCCGCCCGCAAUCUGGAGCUGCAGUGGUACGAGAACCGCGAGGAGCGCCUGCGCCAGGAGGAGCUCGCCAACAUGAGCUUCGUCGACCGCGUCACCGCCCUCGCCCGCCGCGAGAAGUACAAGAUCGUCGGCGCCACCUGGAUCGCCUCCAUGAUCGGCUCCUUCGUCCUCGUCGGCCGCAACCCUUACCUCAGCGGCCAGCAGAAGAUCGUGCAGGCCCGUGUGUAUGCCCAGGGCCUCACGCUUGCGGUGCUCGUCGCCUCCGCCGCCUUUGAGAUCUCCGAUCAGCGCAAGGGCAAGGGGCUGCUGGAUGCCGCGAACAAGGGAAAGCAGGAGAAGGAGGGCGGCGUCGUCGAGCAUGUCCCGGCCUCGCAUAACCAGCAACAGGGCGAGGAUCUGUGGAAGGACAUGGUUGCCGCGGAGGAGGAGCGGUUGAAGCAGAAGCAUCAGCCGCUGUAUGAGAAGCAUGACCAUCACCCCCAUCACCCUCAUCAUGCUGAGAAGUCGCAACCGGCGCCAAAGGAAGAGGAGGAGAAGACAGAAGAGAAGAAAUAG